AUUUUUGCGAGCCCAGACUGUACUGUACCUAGAUUCAGGUCAAUCUUUGCCGUUUCCUUCUCACAUGCGGCCAUAUUUCUAAGUCUAGUCCAUGUACCAGGCCAAUUACACAGCCCCGUGAACAUUCCGAGAUAAUUGUUGUCCCACCCUUUGCUCUCAAAAUCAAAUUUCACUCCGUACCUCGUCAACGGGGCCCCUUUUCUUCUGGAUUUUGCUUUGUAACUCUAACCGAUUUCAGCUCGGUUCCCCUCGCGAGCAUAGCACGGAUCAAAAGCCACUCCUUUCUCUCCUUGCAACGGCCACUACCGAUGCACUAGGCGGAUGGAGUCCUCCGAUUCUGCCAUAUGAUCUGAACGACACAGGCGGUCAAGAGACAGAAGCAGAGAUUCGAACACCCGCUCUGGCAUCGAAUUAUAGACAGCGACGGUGCUUGUAGCACAAGGCUUCAUAGCACUAGGCUGUCGAAAGCCACGGAUCGACGACCCGUUGUCAUCGCAACUUUCCCCCGAUUUCGCCGACAUCCUCGCCCCUCGAGCCUGACACAUCUCAAGCCAACACUGCUUGCUGCCCCCAUUUUCGUCGCCGACCCACGAACGAGACAAUAGCGACAGCAUACCCAUCUGCCCGCAAAUUUCGCAUCACUCAGCGGCCGACGGUCAACUACAGAAGCUACUCUUACCUGGUAGCCACACUCAUUUUAUAACACCGAGCUGUUAGCCCAACCUGGAUUCCUCGACGCUUUCAGCAGGGUCUCCGGCCCAGUUUCACGACGCAGUAGACAGGAUGGACACAGAACCCAUGCCCAUCGACGCCCACGAGGAUACUCUCGGCGGCAUCGAGGGUUCUCCACACGUUGGCAGUAGUGCACAAAUACGCGGCAGCGACCGUCGCCACGGACAAUCACAAUCGCUGGAUCAGGGAUUUGGCAGUCAAGCGCAUCAGUCUCCACAUAACGAGGACAUGGAAAGGUACAACACACCACCAAUCCCGCCCCCUGGACCGUCACUAUCUAGACCUGCUUCGGGCCUCUCUGGCGGUUAUCACAACGGCAACAGUCACGCCAACAACAACUCGGCCGACCACGUUUCCAGGGGAAGCGGCGCGCAUGUAGAUUCCGGGUCGAACAGGGACACGGGGCGGAACCAUGUGGUCAUCAAAGUUGGAAUGGUUGGCGACGCACAGAUCGGCAAGACAAGUUUGAUGGUUAAAUACGUCGAGGGCAGCUGGGAUGAGGACUAUAUCCAGACCCUUGGUGUCAACUUUAUGGAGAAGACCAUCAGCAUCCGCAACACGGAAAUCACAUUCAGCAUUUGGGAUCUUGGCGGCCAGCGCGAGUUCGUCAACAUGCUGCCGCUGGUUUGCAACGAUGCUGUUGCUAUCCUCUUCAUGUUCGACCUGACGCGAAAGAGCACACUCAACAGCAUCAAGGAGUGGUAUCGCCAGGGAAGGGGGUUUAACAAGACAGCCAUUCCGAUAUUGGUUGGUACCAAGUACGACCAUUUCGUCAACUUUCCAAGGGAAGACCAAGAGGAAAUUUCGAACCAAGCACGCCGGUUCGCAAAGGCUAUGCGAGCAUCUUUGAUCUUCAGCAGCACAAGCCACAGUAUCAAUGUGCAAAAGAUUUUCAAGAUUGUGCUUUCCAAAGCCUUUGAUCUCAAGUGCACCAUCCCAGAGAUUGAGAAUGUUGGAGAGCCUCUACUUCUCUAUCAAUCAUGCUGAUAGUCACGCGCAUAUUCAUGGUUGGUUGUAUGCCUGGAGCUUUCUCCAAAAACCGCCGCCGGCAUUCUUAUCAAAACCAACUUAGCCAAGGCAAUAUUAUCCCGUGGUCACGAAAAUGGUCAUGAAAAGUGACCAAUGAUUCCAGCCACCAUGGUACGCAUCAGCAAUAACCUACCGAUACUAUCUGCGCUGUAUUCGAUAUUUUGAGAAAACGACAAGCUCUCCGUCCGGGUCUGCUUCACAUUACGAGCCUACAGACUGCAGUCAUCAGCCUGCAGUUUGAUUUUAAACAUUACUCACCAUUACAUCAAAAAACAUCCAGGAACACUACUCACCUUUUCCUUUGUCAAUCUGCACUAAAAUGCUAUACUGCUACCAGCCCAGACUCCACUACACUGUCUCCCUCCUUGAUUCUUCGCAGUUGGGAUUUCUAUUAUAUUGACGGAAGAAACAUCCGCACCGAACGAAUCCGAGAACAUUCACUCUUUCAACCGAUACACUCUCCUAUCUUCUGUUUCAUUUGUGUUUGGACGUUUUGGCGCGGAUAUCGAAUUUUCAAACCCCCCAAAUUGAGGGAAACGGAUGGGAAGGGGAAUUUCCGCUGGGUGUUACGUAUUCCUUUUUUCUUGUUCUUUUUCCGUUUCUUUACUUCACUGUUCAUAAAUGUAAUCAUUUAAACAUUCCAAUAAGACCUCGUGGUCGAACCUAAUUUUAGGCCACGGAACCGUCAUGACGGGUUUGCGCAUGCUUCUGUCGAGACUUUCGGAA